CGGAUAACAGAGGGACCAGGGAUGAUAUUCUGUAUAAAUAGAUAAGACGGGAUCCAUUGAAGUUCAUCAUGUCACAGUCUUGCUAGUCGUCACCCUAUUGGAGGGCUGAAAGGCUGCUGCAGCCAAUGUGUGGCAGCUUCUCCGGCAGCGUUGGGGGGAUGAUUGGCUUCUUGCAGGAAUAGCACCUUUCCUCCUCAGGAUUGGAAGGCUUCCACCGCUACGAGCUGCUGUUCACAAAACAACAAGGGGCUUUCAUUGCAUCUCAGCAUCCCACUCUAUGGCUUCUUGUCAGGCCUGACUGCCUGGACUGCGCCUCUCUUCCCAGGGAAUGAAGUUCAGAGACACGAAAGGUGUCAGUAAUGUGGGAAUGUAGUGUCCAGUGAGACUCCCUGUGUACCAUUGAGCGCUGCUGUGAGGAUGACGUCAGAAAUGAAUGUGCGAGGCGUGGCUUCCAUCUCCAGGACUGUCAUGGUGCUUCUCUUGGCCUCCUCGGCCUGGGCUGUGUGGCCAAAUAACCCUGCAGAACUGACCAGAGACUGGGAAAAUCAGCUGGAGGCCUCCAUGCAUUCCAUCUUUCUUGAUGCAAAAGAGACAGUAGCGCCAACAAGUGGAAUCCCAGACAGCUCCACCAGGGUGGGCAGAGUGUUUAGGAUUACUAUCCCUCCGCAUCUGCUGCCCUAUGAAGGGAAGUCCAUCAAGGUUGUCGAGGUAGGAAAAGAGACCCUACCAUCAUGGCUGCACUGGGAGGACAAUGUGUUGGAAGGGCUUCCACUGGACAGUGAUAAAGGAGUAUACGACAUUUCAGUCACUACCUUCCUGCUGGCUCCUAAUGGCUCCUUAGUCCCACAAGCUUCAGAUGUUUUUGCCAUUGAAGUUCAUCCAGAGGACCACAGUGAACCGCAGUCUAUCCGGCUAGCUGGGCCUGAAUCCAAUGAUGUUUCACCAUUUUUGUGUGGCACAGAUGAGCCCAUAACAAUUCUUACCGUUAUCUUGGAUGCAGAUUUGACAAAAAUGAGCCCAAAGCAGAGAGUGGAGCUUUUAAGGAGGAUGAGGGAUUUUUCAGAGGUGGAACUGUAUCAAAUGAAGUUGGUUCCUGUCGUUAAUAACAGACUGUUCGAUAUGUCUGCUUUCAUGGCUGGCCCUGGAAAUGCUAAGAAGGUUGUUGAGAAUGGGGCCUUACUGUCGUGGAAAGUUGGUUGCUCCAUGGAUCAGAAUAGUGUUCCAAACAUCAGUUCUGUUGAGAUUCCUGCAAAGGAAGGAACUUUGUCUGCCCGGCUUGGUUACCCUGUUGUAGGGUGGCAUAUUGCUAACAAGAAGCCUCAUAUGCCUAAAAGAAUCCGGCGACAGAUUUAUACCACUCCAACCCCAGUGACUGCCAUUGGGCCUCCCACCACUGCAGCCCAUGAGCCACCAAUAAGGAUUGUCCCAACUCCAACUUCACCAGCUAUUGCAGGUCCGACUGAUACAACUGCCCCUCCCGUCCGUGAACCUAUCCCUCUUCCUGGGAAACCUACUAUUACCAUUAGGACCAGAGGACAAAUUAUGCACACUCCAACUCUUAGUGUUAUCCAUCCUACAAAGGUGGAACCCACUAGCGUGUUUCCUGGUAUUCCUCCAACAAUGACCAGACCUACAUAUGUAGAACCAACGGCUACCGCUACUCCUCCAUCUGCUACUACAAAAAGGCCAAAGUCCACCCUGAAACCAGCAACAACUCCUAGUACAGACUCAUCCACAACCUCUACCAGAAAGCCAACCAGAAGAACCAAACCUCCUAAAACUAGACCUCCAGAUACAAAGACACCACCAACCAAGCUGGAGACAACAACUCCAAGCCGAACACGUACGUCUACCAGUGGCAUUCCACGCAUAUUUAACACAGAACCAGAGCUUAAGAACCAUGUUGAUAAAGUUGUGGCUUGGGUGGGUACUUAUUUUGAAGUUAAAAUUCCACCUGAUACAUUCUAUGACAUAGAAGAUGGCACCACAGAUAAUCUUAGACUUUCAUUGGAGCCCAGAAAAAGUUUAAGUCUUAAUGACAAGACGUGGGUGAUUCUUAACAGCACAAGCCAAGUCAUGUAUGGUAUGCCUGAUUCUAGACAUGUGGGGGAUCAUGAGUAUUACUUGAAAGCCACAGAUAAGGGUGGCCUCACAGCAGUUGAUGCUCUUGAAAUCCAAGUUCGGAACUUAUUCCUCAAGGAGCCAUCACCUGUUAAAUUUACUGCCAGGUUCCAGGGUGACCACAACUCUGUCAUCAAUGACAUCAACAAGAAAAUUCUGCUAGUUAAGAAACUUGGCUUUGCUUUUGGUGAUCGUAAUAGCAGCUCCAUAACUUUGCAAAACAUCACCAGGGGCUCCAUUGUUGUGGAGUGGACCAAUAACACUCUGCCUGUAGAUCAGUGUCCGAAAGAACAAAUCGAGGUGAUUGGAAGGAAGAUCUAUGAUGAGCAAGGGAAGACUCGACGCAACUUCAUUGCUGCUGUGGAGCCUGAGUUUCAACUUGAGAACGUGUCUAUAUCCCUUACUGGGAGCUGCCAUCACAUGCACAGGUUUUUUGGAAUCCCUUUGACUCAAGAAGAACAUGUCAUCACUGCAGUUGCUCCAACAGUAGCUGCUGACAGGAAUCCCGAAAAAAGCAGUGAGGAUGAUGUCUACCUUCACACGGUAAUACCUGCUGUAGUGGUGGCUGCCAUCUUGUUAAUUGCAGGCGUAAUAGCAAUGAUUUGUUAUCGCAAGAAGAGGAAAGGCAAGUUGACUAUUGAGGAUCAGGCCACUUUUAUCAAGAAAGGAGUUCCUAUUAUAUUUGCAGAUGAGCUGGAUGACUCCAAGCCACCUCCUUCUUCCAGUAUGCCAUUGAUCCUCAAGGAGGAGAAAGCCCCCCUUCCCCCUCCUGAGUAUCCUAACCAGAAUGUGCCAGAGACCAUCCCCCUGAACCAUGACAGCUUGGGGGAAUACACACCUCUUAGGGAUGAGGACCCUAAUGCUCCCCCAUAUCAACCUCCUCCACCUUUCACAACACCCAUGGAGGGGAAAGGAUCUCGCCCCAAAAACAUGACCCCUUACCGAUCACCACCCCCUUAUGUACCUCCUUAAUGAACAAUGUCCUCCGUGAGGGGCGGAUCAGGGCUGUCAGUUCCAUACAGAGCUUGGUAGCCUGCAAUCUACUGUCGCCAUGACAGAAAACUCUGCUGUUUUAAGCAAAGAAUCAAAGACCUGGAACUUUUCUAGAAACUUGGGGUGACUGGGCCCCGCUCCCUCACAGCCGCUGACAUAGGACAUCCACCAUUCUCAUAUUUGUGUUGAUACAAAUGUGCGCUCACGUCUAGAUUGCAGGCAAAGACGCUAUCGAGCGCAGGAAGCGGCUGGACGUCCCUGAGCCCGCUCCUGGGGUGGCCUUCGGUUCUCUGCUGUUUUUUGCCUUUAACACUAACUGUAUUUUAUUUUAUUUUUUAUUUUAUCCACGUGUGUCUAGCGACAUAACAGAAGCAGAUAUAACGGAGACGCAGUCUGGAGAACUCACUGAGUUUUUUUAUUUUUAUGUUUUUACAUUUUAAUCCACGGUUUUAUUUGUAAUAGGGAAGAUUAACUUCAGAAUAACCUCCUGUCGGGUGUCAAAAGUGGAGACUGGGUCAUCUAUGUGUCUUGUGCCCAGAAUCCACAGCUGUGGUGGGACUGCACAUUCUGAGACUUGCAGUUCUACCACAGAUUAUUGGAGAGGGGCUUCUAUAGAUCUCUCCCUGGAUGUUUCUUGUAUGGCCCGGAUGGUCUUAUCCAGGACGCCAGCUCCUCUCCUUGAAUCCUGUGGGCGGUUGUUUUAUGCAAUAUUUUUUUGUAGUUAAUUUCCUCCUGACUGGUUACAGCUUAAUAAUCGGCUUCUCUGCCCAUCAGUAAUGAUGACCCCAGCGCCACUGAUCCCAUAUGGUGCUGUCCUGGGAGUUCACUUAUUGCUCAUUUUUUUAACAAAAAGUUUUGAUACAGCCUCAAAGUGUUUUAUUAUGAAAUCUGUCGAUACUGUAACGCUGGCGGUUUGUAGGAUUCUUGCUCGCUCAUGGGGACGUUACAUGCGACCGCUCAUACUGCUGCGCCUUCUUCCCAUCUCUUACAGUUUUUAAUGUCCCCACACCCACGUUUUCUGUUUUGUUUUAACAUUAUUUAUCACAAUUCUGUUGGGGUUUAUGUGGUUUUGUUUUUCAGACUUAAUGGUUCCGCUUGGGUUUUCUGAUCCUUUUUAAUUCCAUGGUGAAGGAAGGAAAGUGAUUUGCAAUAACGUCUCGAGCCUUUGGGGUUGUGGCAGGGGCUGAGUACAAUACAAGACACACUAAAGCCAUAUUAAAUGUCCUGCUGUGUGUAGCAAUGACACUGGACCUCGCAGAGGGUGGGGCAAACUAUCCAGCCGUGCCAGUAUUAGGCCGAGCUCUUCUACCCUCCCCAUUGGUUGGCGGUUUUAUAUAAAUGGCAAAGUGUUUGGGGGUGUGGCCUGAGUGAGAUGGCAUUGUACCCUGAAGGUGUGUUAUCUGGUAGCAAAAUAUAAUUUAUCAGUUGUUGUUGAGGAAAAUCACCCCCAAUGCUCGGCCUCCAGGUUCACAGCUUUCCUUAUGACUUACCAUUGAGGCCGGGUCCCCUUAAAAUGUACCCAUCGUCAACACACAGCGAAAGCAGCCAUUUCGGCCUUGAGAAUAGUCUAGGGCCAUAUCUGCAGUGAUGAAGUCACUAGCUAUAGUCUGAACCCCACACUUGCUGUCACCGUUGUGCAGGCAAUGGAUACACUUUAAAGCACAUAAGUUAUGAUAAGCGGGUUAGGGGCGGCGGAGGGGACGACCUGCGCUCUGCAGUUGCUCCUCACCACUUGUGCUGCGCUUUCAUCAUUAAACGAUUUGCCUUAUUACUUGUCGUCCAUGAUUUUACCCGCAAUCCUUUGCUGUACACCGAUGAUUAUGAUGAUGAUGAGCUAAUGUUUGCUGCAGCCGCUCGGUCAGUGUGGAGCAUAUAGUGUGUAUGUUAUCUUACAGAUCCUUGUUAUUGUAUAGAGACAAUAAACCACCGUGACUUUA